AUGGACAAGGAGAUCCAGGUCAAAUUCAGUGGAGGCAGAGAGGUCACCGGCACACUCAAAGGUUAUGAUCAACUCAUGAACCUCGUCCUCGACGAUGUCAAGGAAAUCACAAGAGACGAUGAAGGCAACACCUCAUCAAGACCCCUAGGUCUGCUAGUCGCUCGCGGAACCCUCCUCGUCCUCAUCUCUCCACUCGACGGCAGCGAAGAAAUCGCAAACCCCUUCGUGCAAGCCGAGGAUGAAGGUGCCGCUGCAAUCUGA